ACACAUUUGAAUCCUCAUUCCCCAGAUCACACUGCACUUAACCAGAAGCAGAUAUACUUUACCAUGAUUUCUGGGACUUUAUUUGUGUUUGUACUGCUGUGUGGAGUAGAGGUUGGUCAUGCUGGCAAGGUUUUGGUGUUGCCAGGCGAGUACAGCCACUGGCACAACAUGCGUGCGAUCAUUGACGCACUGGUCGAUCGUAACCACAGUGUGACGGUUCUGGUCAGUUCUUCGUCACCUACUGUACCACACACACGGAAGGAGCGCUUCGAUUUCAACGUGUUUGAAGUCAAUACGAAGAAAGAAGAGGCCAGUGCUGUGUGGAAUGACUUUAUUCAUCUCUGGAUGAAUGACACAGCCAACAAAUAUGAGACAGUGUUCAACAUCUGGCGAGUGAUGAACAACUUCAUGGCACUCGUUGAUGAUAUAUGCAAGGGCAUGUUUUACAAUGAGGAUCUCUUACACACGCUUCGUGAAUCUCAUUAUGACGUGCUUUUUUCUGAUCCAAUGAUGCCAUGCACAGACUUGAUGGCACACACUUUGAAUAUCCCGCAUGUUCUGUCGCUGCGCUUGACAUUUGCUUAUACUUUCGAGCGGCUUUGCGGUCAGAUGCCUGCACCACCGUCCUACGUUCCUGCGAUUGCUAUACAGGAUCACCUCACCGACCAUAUGAGCUUCACAGAGCGAGUUGAAAACAUGCUUCUCUACAUCAUACACACGACUAUGUUCCGACUGAACAUGAAGUUUACAUUUGAUCCAAUUUACACUGAAAUAUGGGGCAAACCCAUAACAAUGUGUGAGACCAUGGGAAAAGCUGACAUCUGGUUGAUCAGAACUUACUGGGAUUUUGAGUAUCCACGUCCAUUCAUGCCUAAUUUUAAAUUUGUUGGAGGACUGCACUGCAAACCUGCCAAGCCUCUGUCAAAGGAACUGGAGGAGUUUGUUCAGAGCUCAGGAGAUCAUGGCAUCGUUGUGUUCUCACUGGGUUCCAUGAUCAACAAACUGACAUUGGAAAGAGCAAACACUAUUGCUUCUGCUCUUGGUCAGAUCCCACAAAAGGUUAUUUGGCGUUACAGUGGAAAAACACCAGAAACUCUUGCCCCAAAUACAAAACUCUAUGACUGGAUCCCACAGAAUGAUUUGCUUGGUCAUCCAAAAACAAAGGCCUUCAUUACCCAUGGUGGGACAAAUGGACUGUAUGAGGCUAUUUAUCAUGGUGUCCCAAUGGUGGGCUUGCCUCUGUUUGCUGACCAGCCUGAUAACCUAAUGCACAUGAAAACCAAAGGAGCUGCUGUUGUUCUUGAUAUCAACACAAUGCAGCCCAACGACAUGGUGGAUGCUCUCAAGAUGGUCGUAAAUAAUCCAUUGUACAAGGAGAGCAUCAUGAGACUGUCCAGAAUCCAUCAUGAUCAGCCAAUGAAGCCUCUGGAUCAGGCAGUUUACUGGAUCGAAUUUGUGAUGCGGCAUAAAGGAGCUAAACAUCUACGAGUUCAGGCACAUGAGCUGAGCUGGUAUCAGUACCACUGCCUGGAUGUAAUGGCCUUCUUACUCUCAAUUGUUGCACUGAUCACAUUCCUCUUUAUAAAAACAUGUUGUUUUCUUUUCCGUAAAUGUUUCAGAAAGACUCAUCUUGAUGGCAAAGCACAAAAGAGUAAAAAAGAGUAAAUGCAAAGGUUUGCCAUUAAUUGACGGUGGUUCAUCAUCACAUAUGUCUGAUAGACAGUGUGCAUUUUGUGUACAUUCCAAACUGUAUGAAUUACAUGUAAAUGUACAUGUAAAAAAAAAUUAAUAAUAAUUAUCAGAUGACACAAAAACAUACUCACAAAACACAUAUUCUUUGCUUAACUGUAAACUUAAUGUAGGCUCGAACUGAGGGGUUCAUUUACACUCAGUGAUGACAAUGGUUUUAAACCAGUGGAAACUCUAGUUGGAGAGUCAGGUGUCAUUCAUUUAUUGCACAUUAUUUGGUUUUUCCAGCAUCUUCUGCAUAUUUUAACACUUUCCAAAAGUGACUGUAUGAUUUUGAGAUCCAUCUUUUCACACUAAGAACAAUUGAGGGACUCAUACAUAACUAUUACAAAAGGUGAAUGCAUUUAUUGAUGCUCAAGAAAGCAACACAAUGCAUUAAUAGCCAGGUGGUGUAAACUCUGAACAGAUGAUGAUGUGUACAUUUUUCUUAUUUUCUUUAUUUUCUUCUCCAUUUAAUAUUGCACUUCAGAAGCUACAUAAAUAUUUACAUGUCUCCCAGAAGACAAUAUAAGUACAAUUUACCCUGAUCAUCCAAUUUAAAAAGUUUACACCCCCGGCUCUUAAAUGCAUUGUGUUGCUUUCUUGAGCAUCAGUGAAUGUUUUUAUCUUUUGUAAUAGUUAUGUAUUCAAUGUCCUUCAGUUGUCCUCAUUGUGAAAAUAUUCAUUUCAAAAUCAUACAUUCAGUUUUAGAAAGGGUUCAAAUAUGUAGAUGCUGCUGGAAAACCAUGUGCAGGAGCUGGAGGAUUUUUCUGAAGAACAGCAGGCAGCUGAACCGCUCAGGACAAAGGACUCAUGAACAACUAUCACAAAACAUGUAUCAUAUAGAAAACAACACAUAGUAUUAAGAUUCAAGGGUAUGUAAACUUUUGAAUGGAGUAAUUUUAUAAACUCAGUUUAUUUUGUCUUGUGGAGUAUAUAAAUAUCUGUUAUGUGAAAUAUUCAGGACACAACUAAAUAAAAAAUAACAUGCAAUUUUCAUGAUCCCUCUUAUUUUGUUAAAAUUAUUAAUAUUUUGCAUAUUCUGAAAGGGGUAUGUAAACUUAUGAGCACAAUUAUAUAUAGGACAUUCCUUCUGUUUGUUUUUGUUAAUAAAUAAUAAAAUAAAAUAAUAAUAGACAUACAUCUACAAUGGCUUUAUGCACCUCUUUAUGUUUUGUUUUGUUUUAUUAAAGAGGCACCAACAGGCAUGUUUAUAUGCACAUUUUUUUUCUAUCAGAAUCAAUCCAAUCUGAUUUCAGAUGUUAAUAUGAUGUAAUGCCAAACCAGCAGAGGGAGCCCUCACCCCAGGACUGCCUGCAUGCUCCCUCUGCUGCUUCUACUGCUACUUCCUGUUUGUCACUAUUUAAAGACUGACCAUGUGCUUCGUACCUUGCAAAGUAUUGCCAGUUUCACCUGCCUUACCGAGCGUUUCUGUAUUACUUUGUUGGAUUACCUGUUGCUGUCUUGCUUUGUCUUUGGAUUAUUGAGUUUACGGAUUACCCCUGUCGGAUUGUUUGCUGGAUAGGACUGACUUCACGGUAUUCGACCCACUGCCUGUGUAUUCACUCUGCUGCUUGGUUUACGUUUACAUUUUUGGACUGCUUUCCUGGUUAUUGACCCUCCGCCUGUUUCUAUGUGUAUGUUUGCUGUUGUUUACAAUAAACUUCUGCAAAUGGAUUCUA